AUUCUAUCCUCAGAGAGAAGGCUGACUUUAGACAAAUUAUCUGAUGCUGAGAAAUACAAUUCAAAUUUGACCCUUCACCAAAAUACUACAUACAAGGCUGAAGAGAUUGAAUAGUGACAUGCUUUCUGGCUGAAAUGAAAGAAGAGAUUGUUCUAAAGAUGCAAGGAGCCCAGGAUUUGCAUUGGUCGGGGAGUCGUAGGCCACAGACUGCAGUAUGGAGAAUCCCUAAGACAGACAACAGAAGAGAAAAAUUCAGCAAAUCAGCUGACGAAAUGGGACAUUCCUACGAAAUUCAAACAAUUCUACAUAACACAAUUAAUAUAGAAGCUGUAAAUAUUGUCAUUAGCUGGUCACCUGUUUAUUCAUCCAGUCCAAUGUUUUUGUUUGAUAACAAUAAUGGUUCUCACAACGCUAAUUUGCACUUAUUCCAUGGAAUGUCACCUGGACCCUAUAAAUCCAGCAACAUCACAGUGCACACACCUCCAUUAGACAACAAACUUCCAGUCAUUCAUACUUCUGUGGAUCUUCCCAAAUGUAACACACCAGUGGAGGGGCCAUUGCUAUGUAAUGGAAUCCAAAAUUGCCAAACCUAUCUGACAUCUAUAGAAAUAAAAACACCAUGGUAUAUUGCCAUGUUGCAUGAAAAGGAAAGGAGUUUGCUGAAGUUAGGAGAAGAGAUAAACCGACUCUCGAGGUAUGAGGCAGAAUGCAAGAGAAAAGAUGAGAUUAUCUCGGACAUGAGGAAUGAAAUAUCACAGCUUCAGAACAAGCUAUAUCAGUCAGAUCAGAAUGUGACUCAUACUGAAAAGAAUGCUUCAAUCAUGGAACCAAAUGGAGAAUGUGAGAAAUCGGAUUCUGGAAAUUACCCUUUAAGUGUUCAUUUCGUAAAAGAAGAACAACAUGCGACAUCAGCUCAUAAAGAUCCGUUCCUUAGUGCCGACAUAUCCAUGACGGAGGAACAUAAGGAAAGUGAACUGAUGGAAAUGGAUGCAGAGAUUUUAUUGGAGGAGAAUAAUAAUGCAGAGAAGAUUAUUGAUGCUACAACUGAGCUGUCUGCCCAAGACUAUUCUAAUGGAUACCUGGAAAUACCAGAUGACCUUCAGAAAAAAACAAAACAGUUAAAGGAGGAAUUGGGCAACUUGAAAAAAGAAUAUGAAAUGUCUAAAGGUGCUAUUUCAUCCCUGCAGAGAUUAGUUACAUGCCAUAAAUCCCAACUCCGUAAAGCUGCAUUUGAAAAAGAAACUCUACAAAAGCAAUUAAAGGACAGAGGAAUACAGCUGCAAGCCAUGUCUGCUAAGUUUUCCAACAUGAGGGAUGAACGAAAACACAAAGAGAUGAUGGCUGUUAUGGAGAAAGAGAACUACAAUCUUAGAGAGCUUUUUUCAGAAUUGAAAUCAGAGAUGACAAAAAGGAAUCAACUAAUUGUUAACUUCAAGAAUGAAGUUCAGAGGUUGCAAAAAGAAAUAACAGAUUAUCAGACACAAAUUAAAAAAUAUGAGGACGAGAGGAGAGAAAUACAAAGCAAGGCAGAUAAUUUGAUGUGCUCUGAACAACAUGUGAAAGUGGCUCUGGAAUGUAUGCAGUCCAGGUUUGAGCGAUUUCGUGGUAAAAUUGUUCAGGCUACAUACAGCACUCCGGGAGUCAAGUAUCCUCAGGCUGAACUUACAGACAAUGAAAUUCUGGAUGCCAUGCAGAAAAUAAUCAUGGAAAGGGCAGAUUUCCAUCAACAGUUAAAACAAAAAGGAGUAAAAGUCCCUUCACUUUGCACAGAUCUCUCAACAGUUACAAAACCAGCAUCGUCAACAAGAAGAAAGGCUCAGUAA